GUUGUGGCAAGCUCUGGAAGAUUCCUCCGCCCGCCAUAUAAACUUGGAAGGGGGAAGCGCCUCCUUCUAAAUUACAGCUUGAGCAGGCGACAGGGUAGCUAGCCGGCUACUGAGGGUUUUGUGAACGGCGAUGGGGAAAGAUUAUUAUCGUAUCCUGGGCCUGGCCCGCGGGGCUAGCGAAGAUGACAUUAAGAAGGCGUAUCGUAAGCAAGCGCUGCGCUAUCAUCCUGACAAGAAUAAGGACCCUGGAGCCGAGGAGCGCUUCAAAGAGAUCGCCGAGGCGUACGACGUGCUGAGUGACCCGAAGAAGCGCGAGAUCUUCGACAAGUUCGGAGAGGAAGGAUUAAAAGGAGGUGGUCCCAGUUGUAGUGGAGGAGGUCCUAAUGGUACUUCAUUCACUUAUACCUUUCAUGGAGAUCCUCAUGCCAUGUUUGCGGAGUUCUUUGGUGGGCGGAAUCCUUUUGAUACCUUUUUUGUUCAGAGGAAUGGAGAUGAGGACAUGGAUGUUGAUGACCCUUUUUCAAGUUUUCAAAGCUUUGGCAACAUUGGCUUUACUCGUAGUCGUGGAGGACAUGACAACAUCCGCAGGAAACAAGAUCCUCCAAUCAUCCAUGAGUUGAGGGUGUCCUUGGAAGAAAUUUACACAGGUUGCACCAAGAAAAUGAAAAUUUCACACAAGCGUCUCAAUCCAGAUGGGAAAAGCACACGCAGUGAGGACAAGAUUUUAACAAUAGAAGUAAAAAGAGGGUGGAAAGAAGGAACUAAGAUUACAUUCCCCAAGGAAGGGGACCAAACACCAACCAACAUUCCAGCUGAUAUUGUCUUUGUUCUAAAGGACAAACCACACAACAUUUUUAAGAGAGAUGGGUCUGAUAUUGUAUACCCAGCUAAGAUCAGCCUCCGUGAGGCUUUGUGUGGCUGCACUGUGAAUACACCAACGUUAGAUGGUAGAUCCAUACCAAUGAUAUUCAAAGAUGUCAUUAAACCUGGCAUGAAGCGAAGAAUUCCUGGAGAAGGCCUUCCAUUUCCCAAGAAUCCAAACCAGCGAGGGGAUCUUAUUAUUGAAUUUGAUGUAAGAUUCCCAGACAGAAUUCCACAGUCUUCCAAAAGUGUCCUAGAACAGAUCUUGCCAAUAUAAUAAGACUGGCAGAAGUAGACUGCACUACCUCUGUUAUGGGGGAUUACAGACUGGAAUCAAGAUUUCAGGGUCUGUUUUGGCAGUGGAUAUGAGAGUAACUUUAUGUUACAAAAAGUUUCAAAGAAGCCAGAUCUUGAAAAAUGAGUAUUGCACUGCUAAAUGACUCUAGACCCAGAUUGCCUUUGCUCAAAGCAUUUAUAACCAGGAACAGUUACAGAGAGAAACAGGAAAACAUCUCAAAAUUUGAAUCUGAGUAUGGCAACCAGUCAUGAUUUCUGCUUCACCUAUUUGACAAGCCCUAGUCAGGGCAAGCCCGUGUAGAUUCUCAUUAGAAAGAAUGAGACUAAAACCUAAACUGGACUUCAGAAGUAAACAUCUUCAAUCUCUCGUCUUUGUUGUACUGUGUUGUCUUUGUCUUUUAUAUUAUUUCCUGAAGGGAGAUAGGCUAUAUUUAGUAUUCUGAUUUCCAGCUUCCUUGAUAUUAAAUAGUACCAAGUGCUGGUAUUCUGGAAAGAAGAUAUUCUUAAACAUGGCCAUAAAAAUAAUUCACUCUCCUUCAGAAAGCUGAAUGUAAUAGGGCUUUUUCUAAUACCUGGUAGCUCUUGAAGGCAUGCAAAAAAUUUACAGGAAAGCAUGUAAAAAAAUUAAAGAUUUGUCAGAGAAUUUUUUUUCUAUACAGACAUAUUUAUAUGUCCUGGUAGAGGACCUGGUCUAAAAGAGCUGAAUGUGUAAAGUCUGUCAAAUUUACAGUUGAAAACUUUGUUUAAUAAACAGACUUUGGAGUCUUGCUUAUUGAUACAUAUGUUUAAAAUAUUUGUUUUGUGUUUCUUGCUCCUAUGACUAAUAUUAAAAAUUUGGUAAAUGCCUAAUUAAACCUGAUCAUUGAUGCAAAUUGACAAAGCAGCAGAUACUUAAACAAAGCUACAUAUGAAUUGUCACUGCUUUCUGACAUGGAAAAAGACAUUGUUGCAAUUCUAAGCUUUAUUUUUCUUAAGGAAAAUACCAAACUAUUUUUUUUUGUUUAGUUUGAAGAUAAAAUCCAUGAUGAUUGUAUAACCAAGGAUACGGAGAAAUGCUCUUUUGGUUAGAAUAUGGAUAUAGCUAUCUAAUGAAGCAUGCAGAUUUCCUGCUGCCAAGUGUUUCAAACAGAAAUUCUACCAGGUUCUCUGAUCCUUCAGGAGGACUGGGCUACCAUUAUUGCAGAAAAGCAGUAGAGAUGGUUGAGAAACCUAGCCAAUUCUUCCAAAAAUGUAUAUUGUUUAAUAUCCUCAAUGAGAUGGCUUUCUCAGAUUGUUGCUAAUCUAAAAGACUUGACCUGGUUUUGGGGGAGAGCACAUUGUUAUUCUUAGAUUGCUAACAUUCUAAUACUAAAAGUGCUCUAUGUCAUGCACACUCCUUGUUUGUAAGGGUUUAAUAAAUAUUAAUUCUAA